AUGAAUUCUUCUCCAAGUGCUGGCGGGCAGUCGUUGCCAAAGCACAUUGGAGACAAUGUCCUUCCUAAUUUUCCUAUUUUCAAUCGUCUCCUAUUCUUCGCAAGUAAUAGAGAUAAGCUUGUUAUUAAUGAUACUACGAAUGGCUUGCAGGCGACGCAUCAGCAGCUCCUUUCCGACGUCUUGUACCUCCGCAAUGCUCUCUGGACUCGGCUGGACUCAAAGGUGCGAAACCGUCUUUUGGCGGGCGAAGAAAUUUGCGUCAAUUUACUAGCAGCCGGAGGAUAUGAGUUCGCUACAGCCUUUUUAGCAUUACUGGCGCUGGGGGCAGUAAUUGUUCCGAUCUCGGCUUCAAUUCCCGUACACGAGGCCAUGUAUUUCGCCAAAACUUCACGAUCUAUCGGCGUACUAUAUUCCUCCAACUUCGUCUCUAUGGAGAUCCUGCAACAGAUCUGCAAGCCACCUUUGCCUGCUAGCAAUAUAAUCAUUUCGUCGGAUCACCAUCUCAACUAUCAUGGCGCUGGCCUGGUCAUAUUCACGUCUGGAACAAGCGGUCCUCCUAAGGGUGCAGUUAAGGAACGAUCAUUUCUUGACACAAACGCGCAAGCUGUUGCGCAAUGGUACAAUCUACAGGAAAGCGAUGUAGUCUUGCACACCCUCCCUGUGCACCAUGCUACGGGGAUCAAGUUUCAGUCAUCUGGGUUUCACCCAGAUCAAAUAUGGGAGCGUUGGCGACAGGGCGGUCUGACAGUCUUCUCCGGAGUGCCGACCAUGUAUAUGAGGCUGAUGAAGUAUUUUGAAGAGAAUAUCUCCAAGAAAUCCUCGACUGAUAGCCAGGGCUAUGUGAGGGCUGCAAAAUCGUUUCGUCUGAUGAUGUCUGGAAGUGCGGCGCUUCCAUUCUCACUUCAAAGCAAGUGGAUUAAGCUGUUAGACGGUAAGCGGAUAUUAGAGAGAUAUGGCGCAACAGAGUUUGGCAGUGUCUUCAGCGUAAAACCUGGCGACUCGAAUAAUCCAGACGGUUCUGUUGGGAAGCCGUUCUUUGGGCUCGAGGUUAAGCUCUCGAACGGAACCGAGGGAGAGAUUCUAGUGAAAAGCCCACAUAUGUUCCGAGAAUAUCUAUACGACCCGGUAGCUACUGCUGCCGCCUUUACAGUGGAUGGCUAUUACAAGACCGGAGAUAUUGCCAGAAGUGAAGGCGACUACUAUUUCAUUCUUGGGAGAGCUUCCAUUGAUAUCAUCAAAUCUGGAGGGUACAAGAUAUCAGCUCUUGAUAUUGAGCGUGAGCUCCUUAAUUUGUCUUAUAUUAGCGAAGCCAUGGUCGUCGGAGUUCCCGAUGAAGAAUAUGGACAAAGAGUGGCAGCCGCAAUCACACUGAGAGACGACUACCAGGAGCCAUCCCUCCGAUUAGAAAAGCUGCGCGCUGAUCUGCGAUCACGACUGGCAGGAUACAAGCUACCAACAAUUUUGCGAGUCGUCAAAGACUUUCCUAAAAGUGCAUCCGGGAAGGUUGUGAAACGAGUCCUAGGUAAACAGCUCUUCUCUGAGCCUAACGACCCGCAUAUUCAGGUAUGGCGAUCUCAAAAAGGCGGCCAAGCGAGACUUUAA